AUGGCCGACCAGAACCAUCCGACCUACAGCAGCUGCGAUAGCGUUAGUCCGCAAUGCCCGGUCUCAGCAACACUCUACGGCGACUUCUUCGCCAAAGGCCCAACACUCUUUUUCUCAAUCGCCUUCGGCACCGCUCUGCUGGUCCAGGUAUACUUCGGGUGGAAGUCAAGGGCAUGGUCAUUCGUCUCAUGGCUCGCCAUCGGGACUAUCCUCGAGCUCGCCGGAUACAUCUCUCGCGUCGCCAUGAGCUCGAAUCCGUGGAACUUUCCCGCAUUCGCGACGCAGCUGCUAACGCUCAUUCUGGCCCCGACCUUCGUGGCCGCCGCUAUAUCCAUCACCUGCAAAUACUUUGUCCUAUACUACGGACCCGAGUUGUCCCCAAUUAGACCGAAGCUCUACCCCUGGAUCUUCGUCGGAUCCGACUUUCUGUCCAUCGUCAUCCAGGGAGCCGGUGCCUUUGUCGCUGCCGCCGCCACUUCGAGCGACCCCCCUAAUAAGUCUCUCAGCGACGUGAGCGCCGGCUUGUUGAUCACCGGUGUCAGUUUUCAAGUUGCCAACAUGCUUGGCUGCGCAGGUCUUAUGGUGGUGUUCUGGCGUCGCUAUAAGAAUAGGCACUUGCAGCAGGGUACGCCCGAGGGCGGUUCUGGAUGCGACAUGGCGGUCGACAUGAACUCCUCUAGGAGCCAUGCCGAUGUGCGGCUUAACGAACACAAGAUCCGCAUUUUCGUCUGGGUAGUCAUUGUGGCCUUUAUCGCCAUCAUCAUCCGUUGUAUCUAUCGUGUUCCGGAGAUGGCCUCUGGCUGGGGCAGUAGCCUCAUGAAGGACGAACUUGCCUUCCUAAUUCUUGACGGUGCUAUGAUACUUAUAUCAGUAGUGCUACUCAGCGUCAUUCAUCCUUGUGUCUUCUUCCCCUUGGUCGGCAACGAGAAGAUGGUCACGGAGUUGAACAAGAACACUAUUCCUUUAAAAAAAAAGCGCUCCAGACGGUCCAGGCACAGGGCAGUGUAG